ACAUCCGGUAUACAGAUCGUCCCAAGAUGCUGGCUGACGCUCAGGCUGUCGUUCGCAGAAAUCGUCCUGGUACAAAAGCCGAGGACUGGUGCAGAUGGCCAGAUGAAGCAUUUGAGGAGAUGGACAGUACACUCGCUGUACAACAGUUCAUACAGCAGGCGAUUCGUAAGGACAUCACUGACAUUGAGGAGAUACUGACGCCCCCUGAGGGCCAGGAUGAGGGCGUGUGGAAGUAUGAACAUCUCAGACAAUUUUGCAUGGAGCUGAAUGGUCUGGCAGUCAAGUUACAGAUUGAGUGCAACCCGGAGACUUGCACACAGAUGACAGCGACGGAGCAGUGGAUCUUCCUCUGCGCUGCCCAUAAAACUCCCAAAGAGUGUCCAGCUAUCGACUACACUCGUCACACACUAGAUGGCGCUGCAUGUCUACUGAACAGUAAUAAGUAUUUCCCUAGCAGGGUCAGUAUAAAGGAAGCGUCCGUGGCUAAGUUAGGGUCGGUCUGCCGGCGAGUCUAUAGGAUUUUCUCACAUGCAUACUUUCAUCAUCGAACACUGUUUGAUGAAUAUGAGAAUGAGACUAAUUUGUGCAAGAGAUUUACAACAUUUGUGACCAAAUACAACCUGAUGUCGAAAGACAACUUGAUUGUUCCAAUCUUGGAGGAGCAGGCAUUGGCUGCAGUGGAAGGAGAGAGCGAGGCUUAAACAGUGGUGACCCAUAUGCUGUGUGUGAAGAAUGGAAGGAGAGAGUGGGGCUUAAACAGUGAACAGUGGUGACCCAUAUGCUGUGUGUAAACAGUGGAAGGAGAGAGUGAGGCUUAAACCUUGCACAGUGGUGACCCAUAUGCUGUGUGUAAACAGUGGAAGGAGAGGGUGAUGCUUAAACAUUGAACAGUGGUGACCCAAAUGCUGCUUGAACAGUGGAAGAAUGAGCGAGGCUUAAACCUUGCACAUUGGUGACCCAUAUGCUGUGUGUAAACAGUGGAAGGAUGGGGUGAGGCUUAAACAUUGAACAAUGGUGACCCAAAUGCUCUCUGAACAGUGAAAGUAGAUAGCGAGGUUUAAACCUUGCACAGUGGUGACCCAUAUGCUGUGUGUAAACAGUGGAAGAAGGGGGUGAGGCUUAAACAUUGAACAGUGGUGACCCCAUUGCUCUUUGAACAGUGGAAGUAGAUAGUGAGGCUUAAACCUUGCACAGCGGUGACCCAUAUGCUAUUGUAAACAGUGGAAGGAGAGGGUGAGGCUUAAACAUUGAGCAAUCAUAACCCAAAUGCUGUUUUAGGAGUGGGAAAAAGAGAGUGAAGUGCGAACAGUGAGCAAGGGUACCCCCCACCGAGAGUACCCCAAGCACAAUGCUAUUUAGGAUGGAAGGUGGACAUGAAGUGCUGUUCUGUGUAAAUGAUGGGGUUCAAUAAUUUGUCGCUGUGAGUUCAAGUCCAGCUCAUGCUGGUUUCCUCUCCGGCCGUCCGUGGGAAGGUUUCCCAGCAACCUGGGGAUGGUCAUGGGUUUUCCCUGGUUUCCUCCCACCAUAAUGCUGGCAACCGUUGUAUAAGUGAAAUAUUCUUGAGUAUGGCGUAAACACCAAUCAAAUAUAUAAAUCAAUCAAUAACUUGAAUGGAAUAUGACUGGCUAUGUUACUAUGUUAUGAAACACAAUGUGAAAACAUGAACAAUGAACUGCAGGUAAUUACAUGAAGUAAAUUUUCAAAGUUUUAAAGUUAAGCGAGUGGUGUCUGGUCCAUCAGCAUCAAACUCUCCAUAAUGAACUCAUUGUGAAUGAAAUGCUUGACUUGAAUGAAGUCAUCAGCAUGCAAAAUCUGUAUUUGCCUGAGAACUUGUCUGCUCUGUUGAAGGUAAAGAUGUUGUGUUCAGUGCCCUGGAUUCUAAUCUGUGUCAAGGCAAAGAAAACACUAAAAUGAAACGUAUAUUAAGUUAAAGACCAUUAAACACUGUCCAACAAAAUAGUUUAAUUUAUUUUUUUUAAAAUUUUUCCAGCCUAGUAAAAUGGUUUAAAACAUCAGAAUGUACAGUAGUCUGUAGGGUUAACUUCCACAUUUGUUCCUCGA